CAGUUGCUGAAAUACUAUGUGAUAAAGAUUUUAGGUCUCAGUUGUAAAGAGAGGAAAGUGGAAAAAUCAGUGCUGCCGUCUUUAGGACAAACGAAGUAUGGAACCGUGGGAUAGGUUUCCUGAUCAGCAGGAUGACACUGAUAGCUGCUCAGAAUCUGUGAAGUUUGAUGCCCGCUCCAUGACCGCCUUGCUUCCUCUGAGUCCUAAAAAUGGUCCUACCCUUCAAGAGAAACUGAAGUCUCUCAAAGCUGCACUGAUUGCCCUUUAUCUUCUUGUGUUUGUCGUUCUCAUGCCUAUCAUCGGAAUAAUGGCAGCACAACUCCUGAAGUGGGAAAUGAAGAAUUGUACAGUUGGUUCAAUUAAUGGAAACGAUAUAUCUCAAAGUCUCAUAGGAAAAGCAAAUGACAGCGAAGAAGAGAUGAGAUUUCGAGAAGGUGUUAUGGAACAAAUGAACAACAUGGAGAAGAGAAUCCAAUUUCUUUCAGAUACAGAAGCCAAUCUCAUAGAUUCAGAGCAUUUCCAAAAUUUUAGUCUGGUGACUGAUCAAAGAUUCAGUGAUGUUCUUCUCCAGCUGAGUACCUUGGUUUCCUCAGUUCAGGGACACGGAAAUGCAGUAGAUGAAAUCUCCAAGUCAUUAAUCAGUCUGAAUACCACAUUGCUUGAUUUGCAGCUCAAUAUUCAAACACUGAAUGGCAAAGUCCAAGAUAAUACAAUGAAACAGCAAGAGGACAUGAAUAGAUUAGAGGAGCGUGUGUACAAUGCAUCAGCAGAAAUUAUGUCUAUGAAAGAAAAACAAAUGAAUUUGGAACAGGAAAUAAAAGGAGAAGUGAAACUACUGAAUAAUAUCACUAAUGAUCUCAGACUGAAAGAUUGGGAACACUCUCAGACGUUGAAAAAUAUCACUUUAAUUCAAGGUCCUCCUGGACCCCCAGGUGAAAAAGGAGAUAGAGGUCCCGCUGGAGAAAGUGGUCCGCGAGGCAUUCCAGGUGCAGUAGGUCCUCCAGGCCCUAAAGGUGAUCGGGGAGCGAUUGGAUUUCCUGGAAGCCGAGGAUUCCCAGGACCCAUGGGCAAGACCGGGAGGGCAGGAAAUCCUGGACCAAAAGGCCAGAAGGGAGAAAAAGGGAGUGGAAGCUUGCUAAGACCAGUAUAACUCCCUGAUCGUAUUUGGGCAGGGCCCUUUUAAGAUCAGGCGGGUUGGGCAAGACACCCUCUGCUACCAUCUCAUUAAAAGGCCCUUCACCUCUGGACAAGUCAUGCGCACAACUGACUCCAAGAUCCCUUUGUGGCUCCUUCAAAUGACUCUGGUUCCUGUGUGGUACCCAGGCUCCACAUGGCUUUCUCUCUGGGUCCUUGGUGCUGUUGGGGCUCUUUUCCCAUGCUCAGACCUCUCCCCACUCCAGUAGCCCGCCAUCCCCACCAUCUGCGAGCACCCUUAGUCGGGAUGCCUCCCACGUAGUGACUGGCAAGCUGCUCCUGCCAGUUCUCAGAGCGAGACCAGGAGCCCUCUGCCACCCACUCAUCUAAUGUCUUACUGAGCCUGCGUUAACCCACUGGGUUCUAGGAGACAUCUCAUGGAUAUUGAUCAUAGAUGGGUUCUUGACAUUCAGAAACCAUACUCUUAACAAUUGACAGGGAGGACAUAAAAGAAAACCCCUUCAUUCAUUCAUUCACAUUCAUAUUCAUGCAGCAUAUGUUCAUUGUGUGCCUCCUGGAGCUGAGCAUCACGGCUAAUAAGAUCACUGUUGUCUCUUGCCCAUUUAGAGCCACUUUUCCCUGAAAUCCCUAGAUGUGUUAACAGGCAAUUAGACAACACAGCAGAGCUAUAUUGGGGGUAGGAAUAGGGCUCUACACAUAUUCAGAGGAGAUCAAGACUGUUAAAUUCUUUAAGAUAUUAAAAAAUAUUCGUUUUUAUUUGCUUAUUCUACCUUCUUAUCUGCUUAUUCUACAAAUUGUACACACACACACACACACACACACACACCUUUUUUUAGGUUUAUAGUGAGGUGAAGUAGAGCUUGGACAGUUCUUUCAACACAUGUACACCAAAAAAUCAAAACUUGUUUCCUGAAGUUACCUGGCUAUGUCAAGCAAAUAUUUUGAUCAUGAAAAAAUAAUGCUGAAAACGCUCUACUCCAAAAAGCUCUUUGUAUUUUAUGCUUUAAGUAUCUAGUAUAGGUCCUGCAGAUAAAGAAGUAUUUCCGUAGAACUGGAAAUAUUUAAUGUAGGUGAAGAAAGGGAUGAAAAAGAGAAAGAGGAAGAAAAAAAGGAAGAAAAGGCAGACUGAAACAAGGAACAGGAAAAAUGUAGGGUACCGUGUUGUUUUUGAGGUUCUCUCUGUUUAUUAACAAAUCACAUUUUCACAUGUCUCAUUUUCUCCAAGAUUUACAGAUAGUCCCAGGCAUCACAGUCCUUGAUUUCUAGUAGAGUUCUAAGUACUGUGUCCAUGUGUCUCUCAGCCCUUCCAUUCCCUCUCCUAGCAAACUGACAUCAUGACACCUACCUCACAGGGUUGUUGUGAGGAUCGCAUGAGAUACCGUGUGUGUGAAGAUGUUCUCUGUAAAAUUAUAAAGUGCUUUAAACACCUAA